AUGGGUCGUACUUCCAAGCACGUGUGUUUAGUAUCUUGGAUUUGUUUUUUGUAUUUUUAUGGCAUUUAUCUUUUUGCAUCUGGAUUCUUGUUGAAGAGAGUUGUGAUUGAGAGGAAAAGUAACCAUGAAGAUUUAGUUAGAUUCCUCAAUAAAACUUCGGAAAUCGUACAGCGACAUUGCAGUCUUCGCAAUGAUUCCGUUUUGCGCAAAUUACCGCUGAUAUCGAGAGUAUGUAGGGAACCCUUUAGAAAUGAAUUCGGAAACGAAAUUACAAGAGAAAACCUUUGCGUAUUUAAAAAACGUUUUUCUAAAGCUGUUAUGGUAAUUCUUGAUGGGUUAAGAUACGACUUUACAGUUUUUCAAGAAAAUGAAACUUUGAGCAGCAUGGAUCGUGGAAACGGACACUUCUUUGAAAAUAAAUUAUCUAUUUUUAAAGAACUCCAGCAAAGGCAUCCAACUGGUAGUGUUUUAUAUCCAUUUAUUGCUGACCCUCCUACCACCACACUUCAAAGACUAAAAGGACUGAUGACUGGUAGUCUUCCAACUUUUAUAGAUGUUAGUGCCAACUUUGCAAGUUAUGAAAUUUCAGAAGAUAAUCUGAUCAGCCAAAUGCAUAGUAAUAGUAAAAAAAUUAUCUUUAUGGGAGACGACACUUGGAAAGGUUUAUUUCCUAAGAAAUUUCACAGAUCUUAUUUUUAUCCAUCUUUUAACGUUAAGGAUUUGCAUACAGUGGAUAAUGGGAUCAUUAAGCACUUAAUACCUGAAAUGGAGAGAGAAGAUUGGGAUGUUAUCAUUGCACAUUUUUUAGGUAUUGAUCACUGUGGUCAUAGAUUUGGACCAUCACAUCCAGAAAUGGCAAAGAAGUUGGCCCAGAUGAACAACAUUAUAAGUUCCGUUGCCUCACUUUUGAAUAACGACACGGUGCUUUUUGUGUUUGGAGAUCAUGGAAUGACAUCGUCAGGUGAUCAUGGUGGAGACAGCAGAGAUGAAUUGACAUCUGCUCUCUUCAUCUAUACCCCUUCUAAAUUAUUUGAUGAACAUCCUGUGGAGUUUCUAGAAUUGGUACAUCAAGUUGAUUUAGUGCCAACCCUCUCAUUUCUUCUGGGCCUUCCAAUUCCAUUCUCAAGCCUUGGCUCGGUCAUCCCGUCACUUUUCUACGUUAAUGUGUCAUCUGGUUUUCAAGACAGAGAGUUUAAUAAACUGAUGUCAUUGUCAGCGGCAACUGAAAUUCUAAUGAUCAACAGUUUCCAAAUACAGCAAUACUUAGACGUUUACUUCACCAACCUGGACCACCAGAUACGAAGUGAAUUCCUCGAGGCUGAAAAUGUGUUAAUUGAAGUCAAUAAAACCUGGCCUGUUUUCUGUGCAAUGUCCAACUUUACAAAACUGAGUGAAGCAUGGAACAAUCUUGCAAACAUACACAAUGGCUAUUACGAGUAUUUAAAAACUAUUAAAAAAAUAUGUGACCAAAAGUGGGCUACUUUUGAUCUCUUUCUAAUGACCAAUGGUCUGAUUGUCCUGACAGUUACAACAGUUUUUUGUAUAGUCUUCACUUUUCUGUCAGAAAACAUAGAAACAGAUAUAUCUCACCUUCUCCGAUUAGCAGCAGCCUCGCUAAUAGUGGCUUUAACUCUAUACAUAAUGGACCUUUCAUUUCUUUCUAAGAUGUUAAACUCAGGAAACUUAACUUUAUUUAUCACUGUAUUUGUAAUUUCACUACCUUCAUUAUUUUAUUGUGUGAAAUUUGUCUGGAAGAACCUUGCAUUUUUGAGGAUUUACCAUUCCAAUAUUUCUCUUCUUAUUUUUCUGUAUUUCAUUAGUUUCUUCUCUAAUAGUUACAUCGUUCACGAGGACAAAUGUUGUCAGUUCCUCUUACAGGCAUGUUUAAUAGCAAGACUUAUUAAUAAACCAAAAACUUGUGAGAAACAUAAACCAAGCCCAGACCUGGUAUUUUUACUGACUGAAGCACUGGAAUUACUGUUAUUAAUGGGUUCUGUUCGAUGUGGUUCCUUAUUUUGGAAGUGCCGUGAAGAACAAUCUCCAUGUAUCGCUUCACCAUUCCUGAGUCACUUGUCCAGCUUUCCAACAGAUUAUGAAACUGCGCAUCUGUGUCAAGCUUGUUUCUCAUUUGUUUUCACUGUUGGCUUCUUUUACUGGUUAUUGUAUCGCUGCUCAUAUUUCUCCAAAGAGACUCCUUCUGGCCUUUGUUUAUAUUAUGCAGUACCAACCAUGACUGUAGCCAUCAUAAUGUACUGGAUUACUGGAGCUGUCCCUACUGUUGUUGCGGAAAGAGUUUUUAAAGGAAAUCAGGAACAAGAACACAGAAACCCAAGUAAAUUUCAUCUGCCGAGCUCGGUCGUUCUUAACUGGGUCCUGUUUUCGUGCCAUGGUUUCUUUGUUACUGGACACCAGUGUACGUUUCCGUCCAUUCAUUGGCAAGCAGCAUUUGUUGGUAAUUCCGGAGAGUUCUCGACCAAUCUCAUUCCAGGUUUUCUGGUUGCAUUCAAUACAUUUUCAUCAUAUCUCUUGUUUGGUCUGUCUUUGCCUCUACUGGUAACAUGGCCUGUUGGGAGACAUGCAGUUUUUCAAUCACAAAAUACAGAUCAAGGAGAGCUAGCACUUUUCAAGGCACCAGCAGAAUUCCGAAGGGGGUUGCUUCGUUUGUUGAUCCAGUACAUCUUAUUUCAUGGACUAAAGCUGCUAGCUUCCUCGGCAGCUUGUGCCUUGCAUCGACGUCACCUGAUGGUUUGGAAGAUAUUUGCUCCAAGGUUUAUGUUUGAAGCUGUUGCCAUGGGAGUAACAAUAUUUGGUGUGAUGUUAGGCUACUUGUUUACACUAAGAGUUCAUCUUGCUUUACGGAACUGGCUUGAACAGAAAUCCCUGGAAUUUGGGAUCGUGGAUUAUAGAUAGAAAGCUAGCCAUCUUGUCUUCACUGAGAAAAUGUCCAACAAUCUCACCUAAAGUUCUAAUGACAAGAACGAAACUUGUUUUGUGUACCUCUCAAGCUGUUAUAUGUGUAUGUGUAAUGUGCACUUGUGUAAGAAUGAGCAUUAUAAGUUCUUUUAUUAAGUACCAAAUAAUUACAGUAAAAUCCAAUCUCACAUGUAUUUAGUACCCACUAAUUAAUAAAUUGUACAGUAGAAUCAUUUCACA